GUCGUGUCUAAAGCCUCACCUUUCUUGCCAAUCGCCACUUUCACUCCUCUUUUAUCUUUUCCCAACUCCCUCCUCCUGCCUCUUCACCUCAGUUCUCCUCCUACUCUCUUCCUUCCACCAAGAACAUCCUCCACUGGUGUCGAAAGACACUCUCGUGUUGCUCUUAACUCUCACUCUCUUCACAAAAAUGGCUUUGAUACUUAAUGCUUCCUUCUCCUCUCUUCUUCUCAAGAAUUCUUCUCUUCUUCUCUCUUCCUCUUCAUUUCCAAAUACCUCUGCAUCUUUCCUUAGGGUCCCAACUCAUGACCCUUUACAAUCUACGUUGUCUGGCUCUACGAGAAAAAUAAGAUACUUUUAUUCGUGUUUUGAAAAGAAGAGGGAGUUCAUUGAAGCUGUUGAUGAGAGUGAAGAAGUAGAACUUAUGGACAAGCCAAAAAUGACCCUUUUGUACUCUUUCAUUCCUCUGCCUCUGCUAUUUACAGCUGCUCUCCCUGGAGCUGCGACUGUAAGGUCUCUUUUUGGGCCUUUUGUUGAGAUUGUCAAGUCAUUGAAUCUUCCUGACUGGCUCGUGCAUUGGGGUCAUCCUGGAAACAUGGCUGUUGUGCUCUUUGCCAUGGGUGGUUAUGGAACGUAUCUUGGAUUUCGAAUCCGGUUUUCUGAUGAUGUGGAGGAGAAGGCCAAGGCCAAAGACUUGCAUCCAAAGCUUCUUGGUGGGAUGUUUUUCUUUUUCGCUCUUGGAGCAACUGGUGGAAUAACAUCUUUACUGACUUCAGACAAAACUAUUUUUGAGAGUCCUCAUGCUGUCACAGGUUUGAUUGGCCUUGCUCUCUUGACCAUGCAAACCAUUUUACCAGCACUAUUCGAGGGGAAUCCUGGAUUGCGAAAUAUUCAUGGAAUCUUGGGCAGUGGGAUAAUGACCCUCUUUCUCUUCCACGCUGUCCUUGGACUUCAACUUGGCCUCAGUUACUAAUCCACGCAUGGAUCCGUAGGACCUUUUGGCUAUUCAUUUUCCCUUGUUGUGUGUUCUUUCCGGUUCUGGGAACCAUGCCUCUCCAACUUAAACAAGCAAUUGAAAACUCAUAGUGUGACAUUUGGUAAUAGAAAAUUCCGUUAAUAAUUUACAA